CGCGAUUAUCGCAUGUGUGCCUCGCAGUAACCCGCCACCAUGAUCAUUGAAGGUGAGAAGUGGGCGUGUGAAGCUUGCGUCCGAGGUCACCGGGUUAGCAGCUGUCACCACAGUGACCGCCCUUUGACCCAUAUCAACAAAAAAGGCCGCCCAGUCUCUCAAUGUACCCACUGUCGCGGCCUACGCAAGUCUCGAACAACGCACGUCAGGUGCGAGUGUGGCGACAAGAAAAAGAAAUCCGAUUCGGACUGCCAUGGUGAUAAGCGAGAUCUGAAGGACUCCCAUCGCUGUGGCUGCUGCCAUGGCCAGCGCUGUACUUGCGCGCUGAAAAAGGAAUCUCAUCUUGACCCCGUGCCAGAGGCAGGCUUACCUGUGUCUCUGCCGUCCAUCCCGGCUGAACAUCCACGGAAGCCCCUGCUCACGUCAACCAAAUCCGAGUCAACCUUGACUGGAAUGACGAUCUUCCGGGAUGGUCACCACAAGCCCGCCCAUAAGCACAAUGACAUGGCCCACAAGUGUGGAUUGCCGUACACAAUCCCACGAUCACAUACCAUUCACCAUCCGUCCGACAUGCCUCGUAGGUCGGUGGACCACCUGCCGUUGACCCAAUCCGCUUUUAUUCAGGAGCCGCUCUCGCUGUCGAUGGAACCUAUGUCUCUUUCUCAGCACACAUCGCACGAGGGAUCACCUCACAGUGCCCCUGCAGCUAGCUCAGAAGAUAUUCCACCAAUGGGCCCUCUCGAUGAAUCAUUCCUCGACAAGUUUCCGACUGCAACAAUGGAGAAGCCGACGGACGGUACCACCAAUCCCGCGUCUGCUCCGGCCAGCAUGGACAAAUUUCCUCUGGAGCAAAUUAUCACCAGUGUACCCCCUCUCGAUGUCUCGUCUUUCGCCUCCUUUCCGAAUACAUCAUCUAAUUCCCCGAUUACGUGCAUGGCCUUCCAAGAUCACUACCAAGAUCACUACCAAGACCAGUACUUUACGUCCCCAGAUUCAGAAUUUCCGCUGGGAUCUGCCGGUACAGGUGCACCAUCGGUCGACUGGUCAAGUUUCCCGCUGUACUCCGACGCCCCUGCUACCACCAGCACCCAGGCUCCGUCAUACGCCAGUUUCGAUUACAACUCAUAUCCCUCGGGCCUUCCGCCGCCAUCGUCCUCCGGCGAUAUCUCCGAAGUCGACGAGUUUGGGCCACUUCCCGGUCUGGGGCAUACUGGUAAUGACAUGCACGAUCUCCACAGCGUGAGCGAAGCGUCAGAAAUGGACCAUCUUCGGAUUAGCUCUGCGUCGUCAUUGGUUGGACUACCCCAGGCGCGACUCUUGUCAUCCAAUGACCUUGCAUCGAUCAACAUUGAUGAUUUCCUCAAGUCCGCCAAUGAAUCCACCGCUGCGCUCGAGCACCAGCUUCAAGCAAGCAUGGGAUUCGAGGCCAAGGCAAUCCCGGCGCAGGACAUGUACUCCAUGGCUCCCUCGCAGGAUGUGGUGCCCACUUGGCCGGCCAAUCUCUUCAACGAUGACUCGACUCCACCCAUGGACGAUGACUACUUCCGUCAUUCCUGGGCUCAAUAA